AACUUGGUGCUUCCUGCACAGGCCUCGCGUGCGUGCAACGGAGUCACCAGCUGUGUUUUUGCGGCAUUGCUGUGCAUAUAGAUGGUGAAGUUCCCAGUCGUCGUUCUGUGCCAGGUCUCUCUCUCCACGCCAUGCAGUGGUUUGAUUCAAGGACCACAGUGCAGCUAUGGAUACUGAACCAAACCCUGGAACAUCUUCUGUGUCAACAACAACCAGCAGCAGCACCACCACCACCAUUACCACUUCUUCCUCUCGAAUGCAGCAGCCUCAGAUUUCUGUGUACAGCGGCACAGACCGGCAUGCCGUGCAGGUGAUCCAGCAGGCGUUGCACCGGCCUCCCAGCUCAGCAGCCCAGUACCUGCAGCAGAUGUAUGCGGCUCAGCAGCAGCACCUGAUGCUGCACACCGCGGCGCUUCAGCAGCAGCACCUGAGCAGCUCCCAGCUGCAGAGCCUCGCUGCCGUUCAGGCAAGUUUGUCCAGUGGAAGACCAUCUACAUCCCCCACAGGAAGUGUCACACAACAGUCAAGUAUGUCCCAGACAUCUAUCAACCUCUCCACUUCUCCUACACCUGCACAGUUAAUAAGCCGUUCCCAGGCUUCCAGUUCUACCAGCGGCAGUAUUACCCAACAAACUAUGUUACUAGGGAGUACCUCCCCCACCCUAACGGCCAGCCAAGCUCAAAUGUACCUACGAGCUCAAAUGCUGAUUUUCACACCCGCUACCACUGUGGCUGCUGUACAGUCUGACAUUCCUGUUGUCUCGUCGUCAUCGUCAUCUUCCUGUCAGUCUGCAGCUACUCAGGUUCAGAAUUUAACUUUACGCAGCCAGAAGCUGGGUGUAUUAUCUAGCUCACAGAAUGGUCCACCAAAAAGCAGUAGUCAAACUCAGUCAUUGACAAUUUGUCAUAACAAGACAACGGUGACCAGUUCUAAAAUCAGCCAACGAGAUCCUUCCCCAGAAAGUAAUAAGAAAGGAGAAAGUCCAAGUCUGGAAUCAAGAAGCACAGCCGUCACCCGGACUUCAAGUAUUCAUCAGUUAAUAGCACCAGCUUCCUAUCCACCAAUUCAGCCUCAUCCUCUCAUAAAACAUCAGCAGAUUCCUCUUCACUCACCACCUCCCAAAGUUUCCCACCAUCAGCUUAUACUACAGCAGCAGCAACAACAACAGAUUCAGCCAAUUACCCUUCAAAGUCCAAGUCAAGACCCGCCCCCCUCCCAGCACUGCCUACCGCUCCCCAACCAUGGCCUUCCUCCAGGCCCCAGCAAUGCCCAGUCCCAGCACUGCUCGCCCAUUCAGAGUCACCCCCCUCCUUUAACCAUUUCUCCUGGCCAGUCCCAGUCAGCACAGCAGUCUGUGGUAGUCUCUCCCCCACCUCCCCACUCCCCGAGCCAGUCUCCGACUAUCAUCAUUCACCCUCAAGCACUUAUCCAGCCACACCCUCUCGUGUCCUCAGCUCUGCAGCCAGGACCCAGCUUGCAGCAGCCCACAACUAGCCAGGUGCAGCCCACAGCACAGCUGAACCUCCCAUCCCACCUGCCACUCCCAGCAUCCCCUGUUGUACACAUCGGCCCGGUUCAGCAGUCGGCUUUAGUGUCCCCGGGCCAGCAGAUUGUAUCUCCAACAUCACACCAGCAGUAUUCCACCCUGCAGUCCUCUCCAAUUCCAAUUGCCACCCCACCACAAAUGUCAGCAUCUCCCCCAGCACAGAUGCCACCACUGCCCUUGCCAUCCAUGCAGUCUUUACAGGUACAGCCUGACAUUCUGUCCCAGGGCCAGGUUCUGGUGCAGAAUGCCUUGGUGUCAGAAGAGGAUCUCCCGGCUGCAGAAGCUCUGGUCCAGUUGCCAUUUCAGACCCUUCCUCCUCCACAGACUGUGGCGGUAAACCUACAAGUGCAGCCACCAGCACCUGUUGAUCCACCAGUGGGAAUGCAUUUGAACCAGUGUCAUCUGCACAAAGUUUUUUCUCUUAAGGUCUAUCAAGUGGAAGAUGUGUGUGAGGAAGAAAUGCCAGAAGAGUCAGAUGAGUGUGUCCGCAUGGACAGAACCCCACCGCCCCCAACCCUGUCCCCUGCAGCCAUAACUGUGGGCAGGGGAGAAGAUCUGACUUCUGACCAUCCUUUAUUAGAGCAAGUGGAAUUACCUGCUGUGGCAUCUGUCAGUGCUUCAGUGAUUAAGUCUCCAUCAGAUCCUUCACAUGUUUCUUUACCUCCACCUCCACUGUUACUUCCAGCAGCUGCCACGAGGAGUAAUAGCACAUCUCUGUCGAAUAGCCUUUCCAAUCUAGAAAACAAACCUCCACAGGCUAUUGUGAAACCACAAAUCUUGACCCAUGUUAUUGAAGGCUUUGUGAUUCAGGAGGGGUUGGAGCCAUUUCCUGUGAGUCGUUCAUCUUUGCUUACUGAACAGCCUGUAAAAAAAAGACCCCUUUUGGAUAAUCAGGUGAUAAAUUCUGUGUGUGUCCAGCCAGAGCUACAGAAUAAUACAAAGCAUGCCGAUAACUCAUCUGACACAGAGAUGGAAGAUAUGAUUGCAGAAGAGACAUUAGAAGAAAUGGACAGUGAAUUGCUCAAGUGUGAAUUUUGUGGGAAGAUGGGAUAUGCUAAUGAAUUUCUGCGGUCAAAACGAUUCUGCACUAUGUCAUGUGCCAAAAGGUACAAUGUUAGUUGUUCUAAAAAGUUUGCACUUAGCCGCUGGAAUCGAAAGCCAGAUAAUCAAAGUCUCGGGCAUCGUGGACGCCGUCCAAGUGGCCCUGAUGGGGUGGCACGAGAACAUAUCCUCAGGCAGCUUCCAAUUACUUAUCCAUCUGCAGAAGAAGACUUGGUCUCUCAUGAAGACUCUGUGCCAUCCGCUAUGACAACUCGGCUGCGCAGGCAGAAUGAGCGGGAACGAGAGCGUGAGCUGCGGGACGUGAGACUGAGGAAAAUGCCCGAGAAUAGUGACCUGCUGCCAGUCGCACAGACUGAGCCAUCCAUAUGGACGGUUGACGACGUGUGGGCCUUCAUCCACUCUUUGCCUGGCUGCCAGGAUAUCGCAGAUGAGUUUCGAGCACAGGAAAUUGAUGGACAGGCCCUCCUCUUGCUCAAAGAAGACCAUCUUAUGAGUGCAAUGAAUAUCAAGCUCGGCCCAGCCCUAAAGAUUUGUGCACGCAUCAACUCUCUGAAGGAGUCCUAACAGGAACACAGAGCAUUAAGAGUGCUGUGGUUUUACUCUUUUCAAAUAAACUUGAAAAGUAAAAGGCUCAGGUUGGCCGAGCAUAUUACACUCAGUUGUGGUGAGUAGCCAAGCACAUUGGGAUCUCCACAACAAAUGCUGACAUUUCUUCUACAGACUGAGAACCCUUCAUCCAUUAUUCAUCAUUAGCCGACAUUGUUGAAAUUGAUUUUGAAGGUCAGCACAACAUUGAAAGACUUUCUCACAGGGCCAUAAUAUUUUUUCAAAGGCUUGUUGUACUCCAUAAUUUUUUUAAAGGUGAUGUUUAUCACUGAUACAAAGAAUUGUUUUCAAAGUAAUUUGAUGAUUUACUUUUCUGAUUUUUUGAUUCAGUUUUCAUACACAUUUUUCUACCCUAAAAUUGUUUCUAUAGUUGGAUCAUAAGAACUAAAAGUUAGGAAUAAUUCAGGAGCCCAGUGACUGGGACUGUAUGCAGUGAGAUAAUCAGUAUGCACUCAGAUAACAUGUCAGACAAACUGCUUUGCCUAUUAAGAAAGGAUUGCAUUCUAGCAUCAAUAAUUCUAGCCUGGAAGUCAGAAGAGUUGGUUUCUACUCCCAAAUUGACCAUGAAUUUGGUGUGACUGAGUUGGUUUUUGUACAUUUAGUAAGAGCAGUGGUUCUCAGUCUUGUCCUCCAGUGAACAUUCGGGAAUGUCUAGGGGCAUUUUGGUUGUUAUAAACUGGGGGUUUGGGGGAGGGUUGCUGUUAAUACUUAGCACUUGGAGGCCAGCAGUAUUGCUAAAUAUUAUAUGCUGCACGGGGUGGGGGGGGGGGACCUUCAAAGCAGAGUUACCUGACCCAAAAUGUCAGUAGUACAAGGUUGAGAAACCCUAAUGGAAGAGUGAUUAAGUGCUGCCUCUUUUUACCCAAAGAUAUAUUUUGAAAAGAUGAAACACAAUAAGGAAUGCAUUAUACAAUGAAGGUAUUUCAGGUAGCACUAAUGCUCUGCUAAAGGAUGUCCUUCGUUUUCUAAAAUGCAUACUUGGGGAUGAAAAAAAGGAAUACCAGUAAUGUGUGCUCCUCUGCACUACUGAGGGCAUACUACGAUUCUAUUUUAUGAGUCGGUGUGUAUGUAGCCUUUACUGGCAGGGAAAUAGCUUGUAGCAAAUAUAUAGCUGCUCUUUGGAUUUUUUUUUUCUGAUGUUGAGAGUGCCAGGUCUAGCUAGAAUGCACAUUUUCUUUUUCUUGAUUAAUAAACUCUUGCAUGCUUCCUGCAAAAAGCACUUACCAAUGACAGCUCUUAUGAUCAGAUCUAAUUUUGUUUGUACAUAUUUUAAGGAAAAUGUUAAAAAGCAGAAACCUUUGAUUGAAGAGUUAAUAUUCUGUAGAAUGAUGGCACUAAAACAAAAUCGUUUGUGGAAGCCUCAAGAGCUUUACAGCUCUAGACAUAAAAAUCUAUUUUAAUUGUUACCACAUGAUUGAGAUGGCUUAAUAAUUGAAAUACAGUCUAUAAAUACCUAAAUAUAUGGCAGAAGUUCAAUAAGUGGGAAGAGCCCCUAGGUUUUCCAGUCAUUGUCACUGAUCUUUUCAAAAAAGAUUGUGUUGAGAUUUAGUCGAAGACUAAAGAUGUCACUAAAGACAUCACAGAUAUUUAUCUUUUGGCUUUGUGUACAUUCGAGAAUGUUAAUUAUUUUUAUACAAAUACAGCGGGUAAUUUUUUUAAGCUUUAGAUGCCUCUUGUUUGAAUGUAUGCUUUGUGGGAUUCUUUUGUGUAGUAAUGGUUUAAAGAACAAAAAAAAAAAUUGUUUACUAAUAGUUCCAUGUAGGAGUAGAAUGUGUAAUCUAGUAUAAGGCUCCUGGUCCAGACCUACAGUAGUUUAUAGUCUGUGUUACAUAUUUCUUUAUCUCACAUUUUUAGUAAUUGGACUAACCUUUCAAGGGAAGGUGGGUACUCUCUACUCUGUUUUCAUUUCCUAACAGUUCAUUAUGACAGUUUUCACCCUCAUCUCACAAUUUCGUGACAUCAGUACAGACCAAGUAUUAGUACACUACUGUACAGGGAGCAGAGCUCUAAAGAAAAGCUCCCCAAGAGUUGAGACUUUAUUAUAGGUAAUCCAAAAACAAUUAACACAGAGUUGACUAUCAGGGGUAACUCCCCUAGCAAUUAUGGUUAGCUCCCAGAAGUACAUAUGUAUGACCUUUAAGGUAUUAACUCUGUUAUAGUUCCUUCUUUUAUAUACUCCUUCUAGAAUUUGGUUGUUAUGUACUUAAACUGAAGGCCCUUGUGCCUAGCACUGUGUUAAUUAUCCAAGGGAAUUCACAAGAGGGGUUUCCAUUUGAGCACCUUAUAAUCUUAAAUAUUAUAAUAAUUGUAAGAAUAGUUCAGAACUUGUCCCCACUCAAAAUAUGCCUAUAUUAUACACUUGUAGUUUUCUUUGAAGUGAAUGGUUGGACAUAAAAAUGGAUUGUUUGCUUUUUAACUUCAGUCCCCCUUGUUGGUGGAGUGGGGUUGUUUUUGUUUUGUUGCUCUUUAUAAAAACCUUGUUUCUUAUUGAUAAUAACACUGAGUGGUCACCUCCUGAGCUUUCAGCACAGCUUCAGCAUGAGCAUGGUGGGAGAGCUAGUGAGAGGGAAAACAAGCAGGAAGAAGGCCCAAGGAUUCUUUUAUUUAUUUUUUUUUUAUUUCUUUAUUGGGGGAUGAAUACUUUACAUUCAACAGUAAAAACAAUAGUUUGUACAUAACUUUUCUCAGUUUUCUACAUAACAAUACAACCCCCACUAGGUCCUCUGUCAUCAUUUUUGGACCUAUACUCUCGUCCCCACCCACCUGAGUCUUUUACUUUGGUGUGAUACACCAGCUCCAGUUCAGUUCAGGUUCUACUCAUGUUUUCUCUUCUGAUCUUGUUUUUCAACUUCUGCCUGAGAGUGAGAUCAUCCCAUAUUCAUCAAGGGAUUCUACUUUUACUACCUAAGUUUGCCUCUUCUGACUUUUUUUUUUUAUAACCGAUGCACUCUUUUCCCCUUGAAAAAAUACCUUACAAGUUUGAAAUCAUAUUUGCUUUAAGUCACAUAUCUAUAUGAAAGUAAAUAAAAACAAACAAAAGGUAAACAUGAUCUUUCACAUGACAUGGCUUUUCACUGUGUAGGCAUAUGCCUGACACUGUACAGCCAUGAAGCUUUGAUAUAAUCAGUGCCUAUGAGAUGGUGUUGCUCCAAAAAUCUGUCACACUGUAAGUAGCAUAUAACUAUUUCCAUAUUGGUACAUUUAAGUUGCUGUGGCAUCCUCUAAACAGGCUUCUUUUUAAGUCCUAGUGAAAAAGGUGUCUUCUAGGAGAGAAGGCAGGGUGGGAGUUCAGAAAUGCUGCAGAAAUUUGAGAAUGGGAAAGAGGCAGAUGUGGAGACCUGCAUCUUAGUUUAUCCUACUUUGACACUGAGGAAACAGUUCUGCACUUUUGAAUAUUCAUAUCUGUAUCUGUUUGAAAUAGAAAUGCUGUAUUUGGGGGGUAGCCCACUGCUUUCGUUCCCUGCUGUGCUGAAGCACAACUGACUACAUAGCAUCAGUUUUGUUGCCACUAUUCCUUUGAUCACUUGACAUACCCAGUCUUCAUUAUUCAAGUGUGGUCUGUAGUCAGACUUUUAUUCAGAUACCAGCCUCUGAGUGAAAUCUGUCACAGUGCCCCAUCUCACUAAUUUGUUGGGUUCAAAGACCCAUUAUUGGCAUCUGCAGGGUUUGCCAUCAUUGUGGCCCAGGGCAGGCAGAGAGGCAAUAUAUAGAUGUUUAGUCUUAGCUUGUAUUUGUGUGACAAAGUUUGGAAGGAAUUGACUGCCUUGCAGCAGACAUGUGAAUGAUGCUAUCCUAAUAGCCAUAUGGAAUGGGUGAAACUCCUGACUGGACAUUGAUGAGACAUCUUCAAGAUACAUUUUUUUAACUAGAACAGCCUUAUUGUGUGCUUUUUUUUUUUUUUUAAGACCAGAGUACCUCUCAGCUGUAGUUUUUCUUUUUUAAAAUUUUUAUUAUUUUUUUAAAAAUAGAAACAGCUAGAAAUUGAGUGGGGGAGAUAGAGAGGGAGAGUCAGAAAGACACCUUCAGCCCUGCUUCACCACUCACAAAGCUUUCCCCCUGCAGAUGGGGACCAGGGGCUUAAACCCAGGUCCUUGCACAUUGCAACAGGGGAAUUCAACCAGGUGUGCCACUACCGCCCCGUGUUAUGUUCUUUGAAAGCUCUCCCUUUGUGAAUGGCAGGAGCUUGUGUGGGCUGGCAUUGAGCACUCACUCACCCGCAACCCCCAGAAGACUCCUCUCAUCCUGAAAAUCAUGUGCUUAACUAGAUCUUUCCUUGAAAAUCCUUAGAGAGAAUUGUGGAAACUAUGUGUGAUGACUGUUUCCUGUGUAUCACAUAGGCAGGGCCUUGAGGGCCACUUCCAAGGAGGGAAGAUAAGGAGGGUGAGGAGGUAGAGAACAGAAGCAUUCCAGAUCCAAGAGGACAGGACAGUCAACUGAGUGAGACCUAUGGUAGUUCAGAAUAGUAAAUUGUAGGGCGAUGGGUUAAUGAUUAUGCAGAGACUCCUAUGCCUGAGGCUCCAAAGUCCCAGGUUCAAUCCCCCGCACCACCAUAAGCCAGAGCUGAGCAGUGCUCUGGUAAUAAAAAAAAAAGAAGAAAGAAAGAAAAAGAAAGAAAGGAAGGAAGGAAGGAAGGAAGGAAGGAAGGAAGGAAGGAAGGAAGGAAGAAACUCUAGCAGAAUAGUAAGUUGUAAUUGUUGGAGUCCCAUUAUAGCAACAGACAGGUUAUAUACUUUUUAUUAUGUCAAGAUUUAUCUGCCAUCAAGUUCAUUUUGUUCAUUAUCAAGUGACCCUAUAGAGACAUAGAUCUUAGUAGUUCCAGUGAUGCUUACAGUUAGUGGUUCCUGAUCUGAAAAAGGUGACUACUAUAGUUGGAAGAUUGUCAAAAACCCAAAGGUUAUCAGAAAUCACAAGGAGAGAAUUUAUUGUCAGAUACCACAGUUGAACCAGCACUAUAAGUUUUUAUAAAGGAAGGUACUUUUAAGAUGCUACUUGUUCGGUUGUGUCCUAGUUAAAAAGUUGGAGAAUUAAGAGGUAUGUUUCCCUUUGACUUGUGUGGCUUUCAGUAAACACUAGCCUACCUCUGCUUCUUGGGUGCACACUAGUGUGGAUCCCGAAAUGACCAUUUAUCCAUAUUCACCAUUACUGGUAUUUUACAAAUAAAUCUAGAACAUUUUAUUUCAUAUUUUAGAUUGUGCUUCAACUUAGAUAAGCACAAAUACAGUAUAUGCAGUCUUGCUAUAAUGGAAUUUCAGCCUGUAUAUCUUUGUUUUGUUUUUGUUUGUUUGACCAGAGCACUGCUCAGCUCUGGCUUAUCCUGGUGCGGGGGAUUGAACCUGGACCAUGAAGCCUCAGGCAUGAAAGUUUUUUGUUUGUUUUGUUUUGUUUUGUUUUUUGCAGAAUCGUUAUGCUAUCUCCCCAGCCUAAGCUUGUAUAUCUUUGAAAAAAAAUUUAGAAAGAUACCCUGGCAAGUAGUUUAUAAGACAUAUCAUUAUAUAGUUUGAUUCUUAGCAGCUCUGUAGACAUUUCUUGAAUAAAAAAAAAUCAUUGCAAAUUAUAUCCUCAUAAUUGAGAAAAAUUUCCUAAAUUAGAAAAAUUAAACUUUGCCUAUUAUUUUUAAAGCUUAUUUAAUCUAGUUUAAAUUAAUACAAGAAAUUUUAAAGCACCAAUAAAGGUAUACUUACCAUCAUAUUUCAUAGUAAAAUACUGACUUUCUCUAAACUUUUACUUUACUGCACAUACAUAAAAGGAGUCUUACUCCACCCCUCACUCCUCCCCCUUCCCCUCCAUCUUUGAGUCCAACAUCUCUAAUGAAAUUUGCCUGUUCUACUUUAAUACAGGUACACAUUUCUCUUAAGUUCCAUAUUGAUGACACCUUUAGGGCAGUGAUUUUCAUGAAUGUCUCAUUUCCCCCCUUUUAUAACUUGAGACCAUUUAAUCUCAUUUAAAGAUGACAACUUAGAAGAGGUUCACUGAACACAGUUCUAUUGCCCUGCAAAGGGACAGCUGCUCUCAGAAGGAUUAUGGCAUCAGUAUAACCCCUACAAAGAAAACCCAUGCAAGGGCAUUUGAAAACAGUGUUGUUUGAAAGGGGCACAGUAAGAAAUGGAUUUUAAUUUGGUAAAAGAACUCAAUAUACACUUUCAAGAUGAACUGAAAACAUGGAUAUGCUGGCAUGGCAUAGUGUUACAUGUACAUACAUGACUUCAGUGGUCUUAAGGAUUGACAAUAGACGUGGUUCAUUGGAUUAAAAGUUAUAGGGAAUAUUAUCAGUGUUAUGUCCAUGUUUUACGGCGUAUACAUAUGAUGCAGGUGAAAACUAUUACUAAGUAUGGGACUGGUAGUGAAAUAGGCACUGGCCUAUUUUAGAAAGAAAGAACUUUUUAUAAGUCUUGCCUCAAGUGAAUCAAAUACCCAGUGUUUAUAAUCCUUGUUUUGAAUACUAAGGUGUAAAGUGGUAAUUCUUUUUGUUUUCAAUAAUAACUAAUCUUCCACAGUAAAUAAUAAAUGCACAUAAUCGAUGACUAUGACAAAUGAAGAUAAAAUACUGGCUGAGGAGACUGGGGUAAACUUUAUUUCUGGUUGGUGUGGUAGCUGUAUGUGACACCCAAAGCAGUUACUUAGCUUUUCUUCUGGAGGAAACCACUAUGGAGCCUUUAUAACUCAAAAUGUUGGUUGUGGUUUAAAUCAUCCAGGGGCCUCCUAGCUCUAAAACUAUGAUCCCAAGUCUCAUAAUAGGGUAUUUUAGAAGUUGCUCUUACUUAAUGAUUUCUCUUUUCAUGGUUCAGUUUAUACUUAAAAGUUUUGGUUAAAAAACAUUCUGAAGUGUUUAUUCCCUGGGGUACCUAUAAUUUUUACUCUCCUAAGGAUCAAGGUAGAAAAUGCAUAUAGACAAGAGAGGACAAUUCCCAGAAAUACUCACACCAGUUGUCCUGCUGAAAAAUUUGAACAGGUGAGCACAAGCAUGUCAGCAUUCAUUGUGUAUAGUUAGUGUUGUGUGUGACAAAGAACUGUGGCUGUGGCCUAAACAAAUACGGAGAUAAUUACCACUACGUAAUAUCCUGGAUAUAAAGUUGGAGCUGGGGAGAGAGGUGUUUUUAUGUUUUGGGCAGAGGAUUAAUCUGUAGCAUUUAAGGACUUUAGGGCUCUGAAUCACACCACAAUUCCUAUAACACCUCUCAGAUGCAAAACAUCAGCCAACUGUAUACUUGAUUCGGUCACAAAAUUGAGGGCACCUAGUAGUUUCCAUUAUGAGACUGAUGUGAAAACCCAUUAUUUCUCAGAAUUAUUCUGGGACUUGAAUUGUCCAGAGGUAGUGUGAGAUGGGGUGCAUAACCACAGAUUGAAAGGAGAUGGUGUGACUUAGCAUACAUGUGUAUGUGCAAAAGCUUUAUCCUAGUGUCCACUUUAUAAAGUAGAAACAUCUUAAGGGAGAUCCCUGAACAAGUUCAUAGCAAGAAAUAGUAUACAAAAGAAAUGUUAUUAUAGAUAAUUAUGUUCUAGAAAGCACAUAGACAUUUAGAAGCAUUUCCUAUAAAUUGCAGAAGUGAUCGACACUGAAGAGUCCCCUGCAGGAAUUGUUGAAUAUUUGUUUGUAAACAGUGAGUGGGAGAAUGACCAGUUGAAAGGUUCCUUGAGACCUGGGGAUUCUGUGAAUUGCCCAGUGAUUCCUGUGAUGUAUCUUAACACCAUCACCUGAAACUGUAACAUUCUCCAUAAAGAUAUACAGUGAAAACCUCUAAUGUUUAGGAGGUCUUUUAGCACAGACAACAGGGAAGUGUUCAUGUAAGGACCACUUGAAAACAGGAACAGACCUCAGACUAAUUGAUAGUUUGGAUUAAAGUUUUGUCUCACCCCCACCCCACGAUGGGACUGGUGAAAGUUCACUUUUAAAAUGUUUUAUUUAUAUGCCAUUUCGAGUAUGUGACACUGUUCAAGUAUUUAUCACAGAGCUUUUUGUAUAUGUACUUUUUUUUUUAAUCAGUGGUGUCCACAAAAGGUAGUAUAAUUUUAUAUCAUUUCCAUGGUGUUUAACUAGAUUGCUAGUCACCUCUUUUAAAUGCUCUUUUGUCUUUAUUUGUCCAAGGGGGGGAAGGUCUGAGUAAAGUACAGAAACUCCUCUAGGAGUAAGCUGGUGGUGAGGGCUGGCUUGUAGACAGGCGCCUGACAGGUACUGGCUGACAUUUCAAGCCUGUUUGUGCAAUUAGUGUGUGUGUGUGUCCAUUUGUUUUUUGUUAACUGAACAAAGACCAGUCACGAUGUAAUUUUAUCUUAAUUUCUAUUGCUUUUAAGCACAUGUUAAUUGAUUUUUCAUUCUUUUUUUGAUGGUUCCUUCUGUCAUUUAAAAUAGGCCUUUGUUGAACUCUUAAAAGCUGGUGAUGAACAAAGUAUCACCAAGGGAAAUGGCUAACCAAUGUUAACAUUAUUCGUAGAUGUCUCCUUUCCAUUGGGUAUUGUUUCAGAGUCCUCCUUCAGAAAUGAAAUAGUUUUUUAGCACUCUUAGCAUUAGCAUUUCUAGAUUGGUGUCUCUAGCUAUGGUUUUUUUUUUUUUUUUAAAGUAUAACCUGGAAAUGAAGUUAAUUUUGAUUUUAUAAGAGCACAUCAUUAUCUAUGUAAAAAGAUUGUUCAUUUGGUGUAUUUUUUUUUAAAAAAAGCACUUUCAUACUAACAAGUAGCAUGUGUAUGAAUUUUAGAUUUUCAUAUUUGUUGUGUCUGUAUCCAGUGAAGUAAAAUUGAGCUUUCAGACGUUUGUUGAUGGCAACAUUAACUAUUAAAUUGAAGCACCUUAUACUCUGCUGCUUAAACUUGCUUGUAAUUGCACCUUUGUUAUCUGCACAUUUCCACAUAGACUAUUGUAGCACUGCUUCAUGUGGGUCUGGAUGGAAGGUUAGUGGGCCUGCAGGAUCAUUAAUUUAUAUUGUUUAUAUUACAAUAAUAUAUUGUAGACCAGUUGUAAGUUCAUUUCUUUACAAAUAAAAGCCUCUUCCAUUUGG